AUGGUGCCACUGGUGGAUGACUGCUACCUGGUCAUAGUGAGCGCUCUGAGCAAUACACCAUCUGAUCGGCUCCUGCUCACACCGGCUCCGGGUUUCACCCCAGAUCACUGGUGUUUGGAUCGUGUGGUGGUGGCCCAGCGGCAGGCGUGUGGAUGGAGCCUGGAUGAUGGUCGCAGGUUGACUGUGCCGCUGGUCAAUGUCUCUGGAGAGCUGCUCCACAGCAGCUGUGAACAGUAUGAGGUGGACUGGAACACCACCGGACUCACCUGUGACGCUCAGGAACUGGACCUCAGUGCCGUGCCGCUCAUCCAGUGCAAGGAUGGUUGGGAAUAUCUUUAUGAAAGCAGAAAGUCUUUUGUCACAGAGUUUGACCUGGUGUGCUCAGACGGCUGGUUAGUGGACAUGUUUCAGUCCACUAUCAAUUUGGGCUUCCUGUUUGGCAGCUUUGUUUUCGGAUACCUGGCGAACAGGUAUGGCAGGAAGCUGAGUUUCCUCUUAGCCAACAUCGUGAACGCGAUCUCUGGGAUCCUGAUGGCCGUGGCUCCAAACUACAUUUCCCUCCUGGUUUUCAGGACCGUCUUUGGCUUUGGAGUCAAAGGCGGCUGGAUGAUCGGCUACGUGCUGCUCACAGAAAUGGUUGGAACAGAGUACAGACGAACCAUGGGCAUCUUGUACCAGAUGUUCUUCUCUAUUGGCAUCCUCAUCCUCCCACUGUUUGCUUACUUCCUCACUGACUGGCGCUGGCUGCAGCUGGUCAUCGGUGCCCCCUACCCCCUGUUUAUCAUCCAUUACUGGUGCGUAACUUUUCAUGCGAGUUAA